AAAGCCUGACCCGAUUCGAGUCUAUACAGGCUGCACCGUGGGCUGAAUGGGCUGAAACGGACAGAGUUUUUAGAGCUAGUGGGCUGAUUCAUAGCUAGGGGUCUGAUUCCUAUGCAUGGCCAAGGCGCCGAGCCGCGGCUGCUGUCCGCCGCGCGUCAUCAAGCACAAAAGCAGGGGCGCCUGCGUUCACCUCCGCGCACCUCUAGGCUCGAGCGGCACUAGCUCCUCAAUGCAGCGCCCGUUGUUUGCGCGAUCCACUUAUUCCUCGCUCCCAAUGCAUGCCUCGCCAUUGCCACCUUCUACAUGUCCCGGCUCCUGGCCUCCCGUUCUCCCGCUUGUUUCUCUCUCUUCUCCCCCCUCCCCCUGUCUCCGGCAGGCGCGCGCUAGCCGCUAGCUUAGCUCUGCCUGCUCUACCCGCCCGUCGGUCGGCAUUGAUGCGCGGCGUGGCGACGCGGCGGCCGUGUCAUGAGGAAGCUGUGCCCGAACCUGGACCGCGACGACUCCCUGGACACCGUGCUGGAGGUGCCCAUCCCCGAUGAGAUGCUCAUCAACGCCCCCGGCGCCGACAAGCGCCGCGGCGCAGGGGGCGCCAACAUGCGCGCCUGGCUCAAGAACCAGGCCUUCGACCGAGCCACCGUCGACGGGGCCGCCCCCGCGACCGCCGAGCUCCAGCUCUUCCUCAACGUCGUCGGCUCGCCGCUCAUCCCCUGCCCCGUCCCGCACGACCGCGCCUUCAGCCGCUCCAUCCGCGACUCCUCCAUCCAAGCGUCGACGGCCAAGUACAUCAUCCAGCAGUACAUUGCGGCGACGGGCGGGCAGGCGGCGCUGCAGGGGGUGCGCAGCAUGUACGCCGUGGGCAAGGUGCGGAUGUGCGCGUCCGAGUUCCACCUCGGCGACCAGACCGUCACCGCCGCGCAGGGCCGCGCCGAGGUCGGCGGCUUCGUGCUCUGGCAGAAGACCCCCGAGGUCUGGUUCUUCGAGCUCAUCAUGGCCGGCCACAAGAUGAGCGCCGGCAGCGACGGCAAGGUCGCGUGGCGCCAGUCCGCCGCCGAGCAGUCCCACGCCUCCCGCGGCCCGCCACGCCCCCUCCGCCGCUCCCUCCAGGUAAACAAAGCAUCCGGGCACAUGCAACCAGGCAUUUGCGUUCGGCCAGAUGCAUCUUCGAUCGUGCUCCUUGCCGCCUCGUUGCAGGGCCUGGAUCCGCGCUCGAUCGCCAACCUCUUCUCGGACGCGGUGUGCAUCGGCGAGAAGGUCCUCAACGGCGAGGAAUGCUUCAUCCUGAAGCUGGAGGCCGGCGCGAUGACGCUGCGGGCGCGGAGCGCGCCGGCGUUCGACAUCAUCCACCACACGGUGUGGGGCUACUUCAGCCAGCGCACGGGGCUGCUCAUCCAGCUCGAGGACUCGCACCUGCUCCGCAUGAAGUCCGGCAAGGGCGCCCGCCGCAGCGAGAACAUCUUCUGGGAGACCAGCAUGGAGUCCGUCAUCUCCGACUACCGCUACAUCGACGGCAUCAACAUCGCGCACGGCGGCCACACCACCGUCACCCUCUUCCGCUACGGCGAGGGCUCCGUCAACCACAAGCGGAAGCUGGAGGAGACGUGGACGGUGGAGGAGGCCGACUUCAACGUGCACGGCCUCACGACGGACUACUUCCUGCCGCCGGCCGAUCUCAAGAAGGACGUCGACAACCAGAAUAAGUGAUCGGCUAGUGUUCGAUUGAUUGCUGUUAUCAGUCCAGGACAUUGAAAUUCACCCAGGCAAAAUUUUUGAUAAGGGUGGCGGUAGUUCUGUGUUCUUCCAUUUCUCUCCUUUUUCCGAUUGAUAUUGCAGAAGAUAUAAGCAUGCAUGUGUUCUUCCAGAAAUAGAAUUACUUAAUGAUUAUUUUUAGGAGAAAACAUGGUUACAUCGUGUACAGAGUGUAGAAGCUAUAAGGGGUGGGAGUUUUAAUUAAAUUCUUUGGUUUUGCUUGGUAAUUUCUGUCAAACAUUUGAUAGUGUACCAAAUUGGUUUCA